GCGGGGGCAGCGCCCGGCGUGGGGCGGAGCAGAGCGGAGCGGGUUGGCGGCGGCGGCAGCAGCUCCCGGCCCGCUCUGGGGCGACACGUGGUGCGAGCGAGCGGGCGGGCCGGGAAGCGGCGGGCUGCGGCCGCGGUAAAGGUUGUCCUAGCAGGAGCACCGCUGCUGCUGUCUGGAUGUGCUGCCUGCUCCAAAUGGCCACCUGGCCCAUCUGCAUGCCCUGAUGUGGACACCUAACCCCGCUGUACUGCCCUGCUGGACUGGGAGCUGAGGCUGGGCUCUUCACCCCUGGACGCUGGCACUCUGGGUAUAUGCUGUUGUGUGAUUUCUGCUGGUUGGGAAAAAGGCUGAGAGCACCUGUUAAGUAUAUCUUUACCAGACAAAAAUGGUUUUAAAGAAGAAAAAAGAAAUUGAGGUUGAUGCAUUCUUUCUUGAUGGUCAGCAGCUUGAAAAACUUCGGACAUUUACAGAGUCUGAAGAGCAAAAUCUGGCAUCUCUGCUUCUGCACUGUGCCCAGCUGAGCAAUGGCAUCCAGCAGAUUCAGUGUAUUAAACAGAUUAUGCCUUUGGUGAAGAAGAUGGAUCAAAACUCUGCAUGUGAUCCCAUGGUUAAAGCUUGUUUGGAUAUUUUGGGAGAGAUAUAUUUUUCACUGGGCAUGAAGAAUCCCUUGAAGAAAGUACUAGCAAGUUCACUAAAUGGUCUUCCCGAACAGUUCAUGACAGAAGCUGUACAAAGCUUUGUAUGCUGCCUUGGAGAAGAACUGAAAACAGCAGACAUAUAUUUGUAUAGAAAAGUAUUGGACAACCUUGCUUCCUGUAUGGAAGACUUCAGCAUAGGUAAAGCAAGCAUUAAGAACCUAUUCAAAGAAGUGCUUCAGUUUCUGCAGAAGUCUCUGCUUGACAUACAGGAAGAAAACAGGCAAAAUAAUGGAAAUCGUAUUGUUCAGACUCAGCUGAUGCACGAUUUAUUGGUGGCCAUUAAAGUUUCAAUGAUGCUUGUACAGAAAUUACAAGAAAAUGUUCAGGGAAGUCUUUGGAAAAAUCCUGACUCUUUUAUCUGGCAAAGUAUGUGUGGUUUACUGAAAAGCUCCACAAACUUCCUAAUGGAUGAAACUCUCCUGCAGACUGUUCAGACUACCUCAGGACUGGCCUUCAUUCUCUUUACAAAAACUAUGUAUGAGCCACCUGAAGAGUUACCUUCUUUGGUCAGUGACUUGCUUCUUGGAUCAGUGAAACAUACAGGCAUACCAGCAUGGUUUGUGAGUAACUGUGGGAUUCUCUGUACUGAAGAACUCUCUGACUUGGUCCUCCUCUUUCUUUGUCAUGGAGCACUGGCUAUGCUGGAAUGGAAGAAUGGCAGUAUGGGUGAAAAUGGAGAGAAACUAUUACUAGAUAUUGCAUCAGUCUUGUUGUCUUUGAGUUCAAAGUUAAAAGAAUCCAGUAUGGCAACGUCUUUGUCUAGAAUCCUUGCUAUUUGGACUAAUUCAGCACUAGAUGCCCUUGUUUCAUGCUCCCCAAAUCUAAAAAUCAGUCUUAAUGGGAACUCGGACAUAACUGGGAAGAUGCUGGAAUAUGUUUACACACACUGGGAAGACCCCCUGGAUGCUGUUAGACACCAAACCAAAUUGAUAUUCAAGAAUCUUCUUUGGAUACACCGAACCACCAUUAGUGGAUCUGAUGAAAAAUCAGACCUGUUCUUUGCAGGGUUGACAAGGAGUUUGCUAAGUUUGGAAUGGCAUGUGAAAGGGAAAUAUGCUUCUCUUGUCUGUCUUGUGGAGUGUUUGGGCACUGAAAAUAUAUUACAGUUGGACCGAACAAUUCCAGUACAAAUCUUGGAUGUGAUGAAUGAUCAGUCUCUUGCACCCUAUGCUAGUGAUCUUUUGGAAACCAUGUUUAUAAAUCAUAAAGUCCAUUUUAUCUCAAGUUUUCAAGAAAGCACCUGGAUUGACCAGUGGCAUGACACCUGGGUUUCUCCUCUUCUUUUAAUACUAUGUGAAGGGAACCAUGACCAAACUACUUACAUAAUAGAUUACUAUUUACCAAAAUUGCUAAAAUGUAGCCCUGACAGCCUGAACUACAUGAUUAAAAUACUUCAGGCUUCUGCUGAUGCUAAUCUUGGCUCUCGCAGUACCAGAGGAGCUCUUGGAGCGCUGAUGGCAUGCCUAAGAACAGCCAGGGCUCAUGGACACCUGGAACUUUCAAAUAUCAUGAGGGGUGGUCUUUUAUCAUCUGAAUGUAUAAAGCAGGGUCUAGUUCAUCAACACAAUCAGGUUUGCAUUGAUGCUUUAGGUUUGCUUUGUGAAACUCUUCGUAGCACGGAAAUUGUGUCUGUGGAAGAAAUGCAACUAAUUCAGUUUUUUAUUACUUACAACUUGAAUAGCCAAUCUCCUUCAGUGAGGCAGCAGAUGUGUUCUUUACUGAGAAAGUUAUUUUGUAGGAUACAAGAAAGUUCCCAGGUGCUUUAUAAACUGGAGCAAAAUAAAACCAAGCAAGAGUUACUUGAAGACUCAACUAAGUGGGAUCCUGUGGGGAUUUUGCAGCAAUAUAAAGUUUUCAUGUCAUCUGUAUGUGACAGACUUUUUGAAGCACUGUUUCCUGGUUCAUCCCACGCAACCAGAUUUUCUACAUUAACUAUUUUAGGAUCAGUAGCAGAAAUAUUUUCUGCUCAGAAAGGUCAGACACAGGUUUUUCAGUUGACUCAAGAGAUUGAUUCUACUCGUGUCCAAACUUUGAUCCAGUGUUUUGCCAGUACUUUUGAAGAAGUAAAAGUUUUAGCGUUUGAACUUUUGAUUAAACUACGUGAUGUUGCAUUUAAUUUACAGGAUUCUGAAAAUCUAGAGCUCUUAUUCCAAGCAGCAAUGGAUCUUAGCACGAGUACCAGGCCGUAUGAUUGUGUGACUGCUUCGUAUUUGUUGAACUUUUUAGUACAUCAUGAAGAACUGCAGUGUAUUUGUUUAGGAAAAUGGAUUGAACAUAACUUUCAGAUAGAUGAAGAUCGAUCGAUAAGCACGGUGGAGAAGAACACUUUAGCAGUUAUUAAGCUUUUGUUAGCGAACGUUGAGGAAGAAAUAUUUCAAGCCAAAAAGUCUUUGCUCCAAGCAGCAGCGUCAUUCCCAAUGUAUGGGAGAGUGCACUGUAUAACUGGGGUUUUGCAGCAAUUACCUCUGAAUAACUUGACAUUGAUAACUGAGUGGAAACAAAUGGUGGCCAGGCUCAUUCUGAUGUCGUACGAACUCUCUGGUGUAGUAUCUCCAGUAGUGCAGAGCUCAUCCCCAGAAGGUCUUAUUCCAAUGGAUAGUGAUUCAGGUGUAGAAACAGCAGAUCGACUGCAGAUGAUUCUGCAUGAGAUACAGCCACAGGACACAAAUGAUUAUUUCAUACAAGCAAAGAUUUUGAAAGAAUACUGCAAAGUAGAGUCUGAAAAGCUGGUUGACCACAAGCCAACGGAAAAUAUUUGCACAGAAAUAAGAGGUAAAGAAAGGCAAACAUGUGAUGUCACAGCUCAAAUGGUUCUUGUAUGUUGCUGGAGAAGCAUGAAGGAAAUAUCUCUGCUGUUAGGGACACUGUGCAAACUUUUGCCUUCACAGGCUGCAUCUGAGUCUUCAGAUGGGUUGAUCACUGUAGAACAGGUUAAAAAUAUUGGGGACUACUUUAAACAUCAUCUGUUGCAAUCAAGACACAGAGGUGCAUUUGAAUUAGCAUAUGCUGGCUUUGUGCAACUUACAGAAACACUGUCCAGAUGUAACAAUGAGAGUCUGCGCAGGAUGCCAGAGCAAUGGUUAUGCCAUGUUUUGGGAGAAAUCAAAUCUUGUGAUCCUUCAUCUAAACUAUGUGCAACCAGACGUAGUGCUGGAAUUCCAUUCUACAUACAGGCUUUGUUAGCUUCAGAACCAAAGAAGGGCAAAGCAGACUUGCUGAAAAUGACAAUGAAAGAAUUGAUAUCUUUGGCUGCUCCUUUGAAUGAAUCGUCAAGUAUAAUUCCACAGGUUCAUGCUUUAAAUAUCCUGCGGGCACUGUUUAGGGAUACACGGUUAGGUGAAAACAUCAUGCCCUAUGUUUCAGAUGGAAUACAAGCAGCAAUCCUAGGUUUUAUGUCCCCUGUCUGGGCAGUAAGAAAUUCAUCUACUCUUCUUUUUAGUGCUCUGAUUACAAGAAUAUUUGGAGUUAAAAGAGGGAAGGAUGAAAAUUCCAAAAAAAAUAGAAUGACAGGAAGGGAGUUUUUCUCUCGGUUUCCAAGUCUUUAUCCUUUCCUUCUCAAACAGUUGGAGGUUGUAGCCAAUACCUUGGACAGUGAAACGGAAGAGUUAAAACUCCAUCCAAGUUUGUUUCUGUUGCUUCUAAUUCUGGGAAAGCUGUAUCCAUCCCCAAUGGACGGCACUUACUCAGCCCUCAGCAUGGCACCAUUUGUCCCAUUUAUUAUAAGGUGUGGGCACUCUCCUGUGUACCGUUCACGUGAGAUGUCAGGUCGGGCCCUUGUUCCAUUUGUAAUGGUGAAUGAGGUACCGCAGACCGUACUGUCAUUGCUGAAAGGGCUUCCAGACUGCACCAGUCCUUGCAUACGACAGAACGCUAUUCAUGGGACACUUCUGCAAGUUUUUCACUUGCUGCAGUCGUACUUGGAAUCGAAACAGCACAUUAAUUCAGACUUUCAGGAGGGACUGAGUGACAUCAUCACCUGUAUAGGAACCAAACUGUGGUUGGCCAAAAGGCCAAAUCCUUGUUUGGUGACCCGAGCUGCCUAUAUUGAUGUCCUUGUGAUGCUGAGUACUCAGCUGGGGAAGUUUCAAAGACGAGGAACACAAUUGUUUGGAUUUUGGGAAGAGGUGAACACCAUAAUUUCAGAGUCUGAAUUGAUGACAGGUAUUCUCUACUCGUCUGCAGUACCAGGACUGACACAGUAUCUUCAGAGCAUCACCAAACUUGUAAUAUCAGUGCUGUCGGUGACUGCAGGUCCUGGCAUCCAGAGCAGCAGAUCACCUUUAGCAGAGAGCAUAGCCAAGCCACCAUUGUCAGUAGUCAGUCUCCUUCAUUGUGAGUUUCAUGAAGUACGUCUCCUUGUCUUGGAGGCAGUGCUGCUUUGGUUGAAACAAAUAAAUUCCAAGCAGAUUACAGAAAAAGGUGUGCCGUGCUUACUUUCUGAUUUGGAAGAUACUCUCCUCACAAUUGCUCUGAGGGAAAAAAAUCUCCAGUGUUUUUGCAAGAUGCUGGAAAUUCUUUAUAAUAUGGAUUUGAGAAGUAUGCUUCCAAAGGCUGAAUGCUCUAUCAGAAUGAAUCCAAAUGAUCUCUUAAUCUGGAGUUUGAAUGUUGCAGAUAUCUCCAACAGUACUGAAAUUCAAAGCAUAGCUCUCAAAUUUGCCUCCAAGUUGGUUGUCCAUCUUCUACAGAAUCAUCAACAGAUUUCAGAAGAAGUUUUGAAAAAAUGGGUUCAACUGAUAGUUUAUUCUUGUGGAGAUGAGCAGCAGACAGAGAUGCUGUUAUCAGCUGCUGAAGUCCUUAAAAGUGUAACAUCAUUCUUUCUGAUCAAUGAGAAACUCAUUCUUGGUCUGUCUGAUACACUUGCUGUGUGGAAAUGUGUAGUUCUGCUGCUGCAGAAUGAGGAUUUGGUAGUAAGGGAUGCUGCUGCUGAGGUUAUACAAAUGGCACAAUCUCAAAGGAAGAACAGUAAAGGAACAGAGUUUGCAUUUAGGAUAGUGAAUGCUCCAAUGGCCUUGGAUUUAGCAUUUGGCAUACUGUGUGAGCUGCUUCAGCUGUGGGGCGAAAUCCAUGCUGGGAUACCAAUCUUGCUGGAAUGGCUGCUGGGAGACAAUGAUCUAAAAAGAGACAUGGAGACUUCAGCUCUGGAAGAUGAUGAUUACCUGUUUGAUAAAGGGGAAGUGAACUUUUGGGCAGAAAAGCUGACUAAUGUCAGACAACUUAGUAAACAUCUUUUACGGCUUAUAUCAAUGACUCAUCUAACUUCAGCAGAUCAAGGAGAACUUAACCAACUAUCAAGAACAGCAUUGGAACGAGCCCAGCUUGUUGUACGCCUUCUUGGAGCGCUACCUCCAACUCCAGAAUUUUCCAGAACUGUAGAAUUCACAAGAUUGGCUAUUCAAAAUGAAAGAAUAUCCAUCUGCCUUAAAAUAUUAAAUUUGCUCAAGUCUGAUGAUAUUUCCAAAAACAAAAAUCUGGAAAAGUAAAUUACUAAAAGCUCGUCCACAGAGAGCUGCACAUGGUGGGGACUGAAUUCUAAGGAUGCUUAAGGAAUGAGGGAUUGCUGCAAUGGCUCCAAUAAACCUGCAACAAACUAUUCAGUAGUACAUGCUAAAAACACAUUUUCCAUGUAAGAGUCCUUUUUUUUUUUUUUUUUUUUUUGUCAGAUGUGGUGUGGGAGACUGUUCCUUUUAAAGGCAUUUGCUAAUUUCAUUCAGAUGAGCAUGGUUUAUUGCAGCUACUGUAGGAAGCAAAGCAGCUAAAGUUAGUAUUUUCCAUUCAUCCAGGUGCAGGCCACCUGUAGUUCUGUUACAUUUUAUCCCAUAUUUACCUUCUGUAUUUUAAUACUUUGAUACACUUCAUUUUGUUGUCUCCCUUCAAUAUGUAGAAGAAUAAUUAUUAAGUGAAUAGGGUAAGUUUUAUUUUUGUUACUACAAGAAAAGAAAAAAAACCACCUUGGCUUCUUUCUUUGCCCUUUACAAGUUUUAUCCUAGCUUUUAAAUUCUACCGCAUUCUUCUCUGGAGGAAGGCAAGGAUCCUCACUUUGGCAGUAACCUUGUUUUGCAGAUGAAAACAGCAUUAUUUACAUGCGUGUUUUUUCCUGUAAAUUGAUUAACUAUUUUAAUGAAAUAGCUCUCAAAUGAAGACCACUGUGUUCUGAACAAAGCAGCUGUUCCAUUUAGAACAAAAUAGUUUCGUCCUUACUUUCAAAACAUCUUGCUCUCCAAGCAGUUCCUAGUCAGAAGAUAAAAGGCAACAGAAUUAGGGCACUGGAAAUGUACAAGUGUUAUUGUGCUACUGCUCUCCCUUUCUUGAGAUUUUGUAUGGACACUUUGUAAAAAAAUCUCAGGUAAAAGCUGUGUCAAAUUCCUUUAGUGCCCAGCAAUUUCAUUGUUUGAAUGCAUAAAGGUUUGUGCUUUGUAAAUCUGUUUUUCUGAGAACUGAAAUGUGUUUCCAAUAUGAAAAUGUGAUACCAAAAAUAAAUAUUUAUUUAGAAAGGAUGUAUUAUGUUCUUUUAGUCAAAGGCUAUGACUUUACAUUUGGGUCUAUCAUAGCUUGUCAUAGCCAAAACAAAAGAUGCAAGUUAAUAUAUAUUGUUAUUUUAGUUUCCUUGGAAAAGUAACAGAGUUAUGCCCAAUAAAUGAUUUUUAAUUUCAGUUUUA